CCAGGAAACCCCAUCCUGUCUUCCUUUCCCCAACAUGGCACCGAAGGUGAAAAAGGCAGCCGUCCCCGUCAAGACGGAGGCCAAGUCGAAGGCUCUAAAGGCCAAAAAGGCCGUGCUGAAGGGCGUCCACAGCCAGAAGAAGAAGAAGAUCCGGACCUCUCCAACAUUCCGUCGACCCAAGACCCUCCGCCUGCGCCGACAGCCCAAGUACCCCCGCAAGAGUGCCCCCCGCAGGAACAAGUUGGAUCACUACGCCAUCAUCAAGUUCCCGUUGACCACCGAGUCGGCCAUGAAGAAGAUCGAGGACAACAACACGCUGGUGUUCAUCGUGGACGUCAAAGCCAACAAGCACCAGAUCAAACACGCCGUCAGGAAACUGUACGACAUCGACGUCUCCAAAGUCAACACGCUCAUCAGGCCGGACGGCGAAAAGAAGGCGUACGUCCGCCUGGCGCCUGACUAUGAUGCUUUGGACGUCGCAAACAAGAUUGGAAUCAUCUGAAAUGGUGGAAGAGAGACUUGUGGGCUAAUAAAUAUUUGUAUAAACCAA